GAAUAGCUGGACAUAGGCAAAUGCAGGAUGGUAGUUCAGCUUUUCAUUACUCUUAAUCUGGGAAAGCGACCUGAUUCGAGCAUCAACUGAGAGUUUACUGAAUGCCAAGUGCUAUGCUUCAAGCUGUGAAGGAAUUCUGGAGACAGAAAAUACAGCCCUUUUUCUGAAAAGCUUUGGUUCUAAUGAGAUUAUGUAUAUACACACUCCAAUAAAUGCAAGUUAGCCUUUUACGUGACGAAGUACAGGGAGACUCAGUUACUGGAAACAGCAAACCCAGUUGGAAGUUUUCAUAAAGAGGAUGUGUCUUGAGCAGGCUCACAAAAGGAUGGAAUCUGGCGGAGAGUGAAACGGUCUUUUAGGACAUAGCCUUCCUUUGUGUACUGCUGGAAGCAGGAAAGGAUGAGUGAUGUGCAAAAGAAGAGAUGUGGGGUUUUUUGAGGAUCUGGCAUAGUAUUGGGCGGCAUAUCCUUUAACGAAAGCUGAGAAAUAUCCAGUGGAAAAGAGUGACCAUUGUUGUCAGAGGGAGCAGAAAAGUCUAAAAAGAACAGCCUAAUGAAGGGGCCAUUGGAUUUAUCUCAGAAGAGGUCUCUUUGUAGCUUUCAAAAAGCAAUUUCAAUAGAGUGGCAAACAAGGAAUCCAGCUUUGGAGAAAUGAAAGAGAUAGUUGAUGAAGAAAUGGAAAUAGCAGUGGUGGAGAUCCAAGAAGGGAAGACAACUAUAGUUGAAGGCCGUAUCACAGCGACUCCCAAGGAGAGUCCAAAUCCUCCUAACCCCUCUGGCCAGUGCCCCAUCUGCCGUUGGAACCUGAAGCACAAGUAUAACUAUGACGAUGUUCUGCUGCUUAGCCAGUUCAUCCGGCCUCAUGGAGGCAUGCUGCCCCGAAAGAUCACAGGCCUAUGCCGGGAAGAACACCGCAAGAUCGAGGAGUGUGUGAAGAUGGCCCACCGAGCAGGUAGAAGGCCCUGGGGACCAAGAGGGGCAGAGGGCUACAGGCACUGUCUCCCCACCCAGCUGCCCCAUGUUUCAGCCCCUCCUGGAAGAAAAGUGGAUAUCCAGAGUGUUAAUUAUACUCACCACCCAAUGCCAACCUUCCCGCUCCCUUGGCCUUUCCCUCUGGCCCCCUCGGAGCUGCAGAGGGAGCUGCAAAGACUAUCCCCUCUUCCCCCCACUCAGGUCUAUUACCAAAUCACAGGCCUCGGCUUCCUGAAGGAGUUGUUCCGAAGAACAAACCCCAACUCAACCGGUACCUGACGCGCUGGGCUCCUGGCUCCGUCAAGCCUAUCUACAAAAAAGGCCCCCGCUGGAACAGGGUGCGCAUGCCUGUGGGGUCACCCCUCCUGAGGGACAAUGUCUGCUACUCAAGAACACCUUGGAAGCUGUAUCACUGACAGAGAGCAGUGCUUCCAGAGUUCCUCCUGUACCUGUGCUGGGGAGUGGGAGGCCCACUCACAAGCCCUCGGCCACAACUAUACUCCUGUCCCACCCCACCAUGAUGGCCUGGUCCCUCUGACAUGGAUGGACAGGGGACAGUGGGACUAACUUCAGUACCCUUGGCCUGAGCAGUAGCAAUGCUGGGAGCUAGAGGCAGGCAGGGCACUUGGGUCCCUUGCCAGCUGCUGUGGGGCUUAGGCCAUGCUCAGUGCUGGGGACAGGAGUUUUGCCCAAUGCAGUGUCAUAAACUGGGUUCGUGGGCUUACCCAGUGAGUGUGUGCUCACUGCUUGGGAAGUGCAGGGGGUCCUGGGCACAUUUCCAGCUGGGUGCUGAGCAUUGAGUCACUGAUCUCUUGUGAUGGGGCCAAUGAGUCAAUUGAAAGGAAUUCAUGGGCCAAACAGGUCCCAUCCUCUUCAUGA